AUGAAUGAAGCUACGAUCUACUCCGGCGACCCACACCGCACCGAUCGACAAACCGGCGAAUCCUUGACCAGCGACGCAAUUGGGGCUCCCACGACCCGCACCGACAACCACUCCGCCGUCGACGAUGAUGACAUCGGCGGCCUGCCUAAAGAAGGCGGCUUCCGCCUUCCCCGCCGGGGCCGUCCACUGGGGUCCAAGAACAAGCCCAAGCCCCCUGUCUUGAUCAUCCGUGAAAGCCCCGACGCGGUCCGCAGCCUCGUCAUGGAGGUGGCUCCUGGCUCCGAUGUGGCCGCUAGCAUCGCACACUUCUCGCGCCGCCGCCAGUGCGGCGUCAGCCUCCUCAGCGCCACCGGCGCGGUCGUCGACGUCACGCUUCGCCAGCCCGCCGUCGCCGCGUUGGCCCUGCAGGGGCGCUUUGAGAUCCUGUCGCUGGCCGGCACGUUCCUCCCUGGGCUGGCGCCGCCGGGCAGCGCUGGGCUGACUGUGUACCUCGUCGGCGGGGAGGGGCGGGUGGUCGGGGGAGGCAUCGCGGGGCCGCUCGUCGCGGCUGGGCCUGUCAUGGUGGUGGCCGCUACGUUUCGCAAUGCCGCCUACGAGAAGUUGCCACUCGAGGAGGAGGAGGAUGAAACCGGCGCGCGGCUGCAGCGGACUGGAGGAGCCAUCGUUGUUGAAUGUUUACAAGAACUUGCCACCCAAUCUAGUGUCCAAGGGCCGAAGGGCGGCGCCGGCGGCGGGCAAUUAAGCCCCGACGCGAUGGCAUAUGGCUUGUCUAAAUUAUAUUGUAAACCAUUCCUCCUGGUCCUCUAA